CCUGGAGUCUCUCACUCGAAGGCAGGUUUUGAAUCCUUCUCGCGGCUCUUCUCUGACCCCUCUCCGAUGUAAUCGCCCCCUGGCGGGUCGCAGCAGGGCCCGAUCCAGCGAUAAUGUCACCUCUCUGCCCGACACGAGACUCCCGCUGACGCAGCCCAGGGUCGCAUUCGCCCCUUUGCUCACAGCGUCGCGCCGGGAGCUCACCUUCCGCUGAUUACCCACCACGCGCCCCCCAAAUCUGCUUCAGAGUCGCCGCGCCCCCGGAGAGACUCCCCCGCCCCUGUGUAGGGCUGACAUGCUUCAUUCCUUGCUGUGUACAUUGACAUUUAGCCACAUUCAAACCACAGUAUGGGGCUGUGACCCACAUCGCUCUGAACCGGGGACACGGCCUCUUCCUCAUUUCCCACGCCUUAUUUCCUGCAGUGAUGUAACAGCAUAGUGGUGGGAGCGGUGGGAUACCACGUCUGAACUGGCAACAGUGGGGUCAGCGGUGGGAUCCUGGUGCCGUAAUGGCAUAGUGGUGGGAGCGGUGGGAUACCACGGCUGAACUGGCAACAGUGGGGUCAGCGGUGGGAUCCUGGUGCCGUAAUGGCAUAGUGGUGGGAGCGGUGGGAUACUAUGUCCCAAGAGGUAACUGUGGGAUGCUGGCACCGUAAAGGCACCCUGGUGUCAGCGGGGACAGUUGCAUCGUUUGGCAUGAGGUCAGAGGUGUUGUCACAUGACGUAUUUGCUUUGGGUGUUUCCGAGAGUCGGGCCGAUCAGCAGAGCCCUGGGUGGGUGGUGGCAGGAACCUUGCGCCAUGCACCCUGGGGAAGCCAGGGGCAGGAUUAACCUAAUGAUAGCCUUGAACCUGAGCAAAGGGAAGGUGAGGCCUGCCCCUUUGCACUGCCCACACAGGCUGGAACCCAGCCCAGCCCACCCUCCCCUGGUAUAAAACACCCCUGCCCCGUGCCAGGAGCUGCACAUCUGCUGUGGGCUUCCUUCACUCGCCUGCCCAGCCAUGGAUACCUCCCUGCAUGCCACGCUCGGCCUUGUGCUCGUCUGCUGCCUCUGGGGCGCAUGGGCCCAGACCAAGAUCGAAGUUACCAAUGGAGGAAUAUGGGGCAAGUGGGGCCAGGAAGAGACCUGCCCCAACAAGAGCUUUGCCAUUGGGUUCUCCAUGAAGGUGGAGCUGCCCCAGCUCUCUGGGGAUGACACGGCGCUAAACGGGAUCCGGCUGCUCUGCUCCAACGGCAGAACCAUCCAGUCCGACGUGGGGCCGUGGGGCUUCUGGACCCCAGUGAUGAGAUGCCAGUCAGGGCAGCGCCUAACCCAGUUCCGGCUGCGGGUGGAGCCGUGCCAGGGCCUCAAGGACGACACCGCCGCCGACAACAUCGAGUUCAUCUGCACGGAUGGGGUGGAGCUGAAGGGGCACGGGCGGUGCUGGGGCAAGUGGGGCCCCCAGAGCCGCUCCUGCGGCCAGCGGGGCAUCUGCACCAUCGCCACCAAGGUGGAGGCCCCCCAGGGCAAGGGGGACGACACGGCCCUGAACGACGUCUACUUCAAAUGCUGCAGCCCCUAAACCCUGCCCCCCUGCCUCAUUUUGACUGGUGGCCCUGGGUCUGGUGGGCGCUGACUGCUCCCCACUGCCCCCCCCCUUACCCCUACUACUCCCACUCCCCGCGUUCCCCCACGAACCCUGCUCCCAGCUGCUGCCCCGCCAGCCCGUGUGUGCGACCCCCCCCAAUAAACAACGUACUUGGGACCCGAGCGGAACGGCCUCUGCCUCUCAU